CCUUGCACCACUCGAUCUCGCCGCCCCUCACACUCGCCGUCUCCGACCUCGACCACCACAACCAUACCUCACUCGCGCAUCAUUCGAGCAUGAAGAUCAAGGUCCAGACGCUGACGGGCAAGCAGAUCGAGCUCAACGUGGAGAAGGACGACCUUAUCCAGCACGUCAAGGAGCAGGUGGAGGAGAAGGAGGGCAUUCCGCCUGAGCAGCAGCGGCUCAUCUUUUCGGGCAAGCAGAUGUCGUCUGACUCGCCGCUCAGCGAGUACGGCCUCGAGGCCGGCUCGGUCAUCCACCUGGUUCUUGCGCUCCGUGGUGGCCAGUAGGUCAAAGGUUCACGACCUUGCCUCCCCCCGAGUACAUGCUGCCUUGCCAUAAACUGUGUUACUGCAGAAGA